UGUGAAGGGGGGAGAGGACAUCUGUGGCUGGGCAGCAGUGAAGUUGACCUUGGGGUGCAGGAUGCAGAUUUUGGAGAACUGGGGUGACUAAUGUGGAGGCUCUGGAUCCCCACAGCCUCAUCUGGUCCAUGGAAGAUCCUUCGGAGUCUUGGCAGCCGCCCACCCCUGGAGCACUGGGCCCCCCCUGGGCCACCCUGGUCCUCCUCUACUCCCUGGUGAUGGCUGCCGCCUAUCUGUUGGAGGUGGCCAGCCACAGCCUGCUGGUCCAGGCCACUGGGCCCCUCCUGCCGCCCCCUGUGUCCACUGCCUGGUUCAGCCACCAAGUCACCAUUGAUGUCACCUUCACUGUGCUCCUGCCCCUGAGCCUCACCUGGACACGCUCCUGCUGGCCCCUGGGUGGUGCCUUCUGUCAUGUGGACCCCAGACUGUCUUUCCUCACCUGCUGGGCCAGUGGCCGCCUGCUGGCCCGAGUGGCUGCCGAUAGCUACACCUCGCUGUGCCAGCCCGCCUGGGCCUUGGGCCACCACACAGCUCGGAAGAUGGUUUUCUGGGCCGGUGGGUUCUGGAUCAUUCUUCUGGGUCUGGGAGGGCCAGCCCUGUACACCAGGAGGGACCAGGCCAGCCCGGCUGUCUCUUGUAACAGGACUCCAGCUGCAGAAGCCCCCAGCCAUGACCAGGGCUCCAGGUCUUGGGGACCCGUGUUGGACCAGCUGGUGUUUGGGUUUGGGGUGCCCCUGGGGGUAAUGGCCAUCUCUCGUAGCAUCCUGGGGGCCCAGCUGCAGCUGGCCAGGCUGACUGGGCGACCCCUGCUGCUGGGGCUGCCCUGGGCCACAGCAGCCAUGCUCUUGCUCUGCUGGCUCCCUUUCCAUCUGUUGCUUUUGCUAAAGUUAUUGGGGGCACGUGAGGCUGGGAUAGACUUGGGGGAGGUCUGGGUGCUGCUCAGACCCCUGGGGUUCAGCCUCGUGGGGGUCAGCAGCUGGCUCCACCCUCUGCUCUAUGUGUGUGGGGACCGGGCUUUCAGGAGAAGGCUGUGCCAGGUUCUGGGGUCCUGCCAAGGGGCUGGGUCUGGGGAGGGGAUGGAGGGCACCCAGGCCUGGCCUUCGAGGCUGAGCUGCCCUGUGGGAACCUGAGGACAUGGGUAGGGGGUCCCCAUCUCCCUGA